AUGGAUGACACACGGGAAAAUAGAAGGGGAUCCGUCAAAACCGAAAUCACAGUCCUGCCUGGCAUAUCCGACCUCCUCCUUGGUGUACCAGCAGCAGACUCGAGACAAGUACAUACAUUGCACACACGAGACAUAAUCCCUGCGGUGUCAUCAAACAGAUAUGUCUUCACGGAAACAGAGAGGCAGUUUGACUCGGACUCCAGCCAAACGCAUCCAUCAACAAGCCGGGGGAUCACUCCAGCUGUAGGGUGUUCGAAUCAACAAUUCCACCGAAACACCAAUACAGCAGAAAGUUGGACCACGAUCAGAGCGCCUGCACCGAAAAGAAUAGCACUUGGAGGGCUGAGACCACAUACCUUGCCCGUGACACCAGGUCAGCCGCCUUCGCCGCCGUACACUGCGCCUUCGUCAGCGUGCUCGACACCAGUUGGAGCGAUCGAUCGUCCCGAAACUGCUUUGGAGGACGUGCUUAGCCAGCAAGAUCCAGACAAGAUACUGCUCGCCGACCUUGUCUCCAACUUCCUCCACGGUUCGGUGGCUCCUGCUUAUAAUCAGGGCUGGUAUCGACCUCAGUCUCCGAAUAACAAGUUCAGUCACAGGCUAGAAGCUAAAGUCAGUGCACACACCAGGGACGACCUUGUGAGAGAGUUCUUCCGCCGUAACGAAGCCCGCCAGACAUACGGCGAGCAGGUAACGAUUCCAAGAAGACCAGAUCAGGGGAAGGUCGGCCUGGAUCUUUCAAAAAAGAACAUAACUACGCAGGCGGAGUGUUCAAGGACCAUCGACUGCAGUCCGAAUGAAUCGACCAGAUUGCUUAAAUAUCAAGGAGCCAGAGAAGAGCACAGGGAGCUUGAAAGGAGCAGGCGAGAUCGGCACCGUGACCUUCAGAUGCAGAGUGCUCUUCGCAGCUGUGAGAUUGCUGCAGAUUGCGGUGAAACACAUGCAGACGAAGAAAAGUUGGUGCAAGGUACCCGAAGGACACGAGCGAAGGGGCCCGGAAAGGAUGAACAACUGUACACAGCCAUCUACUCUCACGAGUUCAGUGCACGUGUAGUGCAAUCAGAACACGAUGGGCGUAAACGCGCAGAAAAGAUGGUGCAGUUGUUGCUCCAAUACCUCGUCCGAGAACAGAGGCCGGAUCUCAACGCCGUCCGGGAGUUAUGUCGUCGUGACAUAAGGUCUUCAAGCUCGACGGCACAUUCAGAGGAAAGGCAUAAGCGGCCUCGAAGCGAUUCUGAACAAAGUUAG